AUGGAAAUGAUCGUGGGAUCUGAGGCCAAUGUAAGUCUUCAGCCCUGGUCGAGGCGUGACAAUGGUGAAUUUACGGUGCAUGAUCAACUGAGAGAUCUUGGAAGGAGCAUUUUUUGCCAAGGACAACUGCUUGAGAAAUGUAGAGGACCAUGGGACUACAACUAUGAGGGAGUCCCAAGAGUAGUAAGAGAUCUAGAGAGACGCCCCUGGUUCCACGACUUUUUGGGGGCAGCUUCUAGCGGAGAUUCCAAGUUUUCUGAAGUGAGAUGGCUUGAGUGGAGCGAUCCUGGAAACGAUGCGUCUCUUUCGACGAUCAACUUGCAUUUGCCAAAAUUAUCGGUGCUGGACUUAUGGGGAGAAUUCACAGAGAAUUGGGAAGGAUGGAAUUCAUUCAAGGCGUCAAAGCAGCUUAAAGUUCUCUGCCUUCGAGGUUGUCAUAAUUUAAGAUGUACUCCUGAACUCUCAGCUUUCACGCAGUUGAAAAUUCUCCUAUUGAACUCUUGUGAUGGAUUGGAGGAUCUCCACCCUUCUAUUGGCAAACUCACAAGCCUCGUUUCCUUGGACUUGCGUUUCUGUACAGGUCUCAAGGAGCUACUAGAGGAGGUGGGUGGAUUAAAAGAUUUAGAAGAACUUCUUUUAGAUCACUCUGGUAUUACAACAAUUCCUUCGUCUAUUGGUUCUUUGAGGAAAUUGAAGACACUGAGUGCCUUCGAUGUGUGGGUCACUGAGAGAAAUCCCCAGCUCAAUUGGGGAUUUACAGAAUUUGCAAGACCUUAACUUGCGUGGUACUGCGAUCGAAAAGCUUCCCAGUGCUAUUGGAGGGUUGAAAAAUCUGCAGUUUCUAAGUCUCAUUUGGUGCAGUAGUCUGAAAGGGGCAAUUCCAAGUGAAAUUGGUGACUUGCCUUCC